GCCCCACAAAUAUUAUUUUUUCCCAAAAUAUAGCAAGAUAUAAGGAAAGAACUGUUGGAAGUUUUGUUGAGAAUUCGAUAAACGUUCAAUCACGCUCAGUCCCCUAGUUAAAAGGUUGAUUUUUGAAAUCGGAGUCAAAGUGAAGUCGCAAGUAGAUUAGAAAGAUCGAAACUUUAGGACGAUGGGUUUCAUCGGAGAUUCGAUCGCUUCGUUGAAAUCCAUUAAAGUCAGACAAGCCUUAGAGCAGGCCAUCACUCUGGGUAUGAUUGUUUCAUCUGCACUAAUUUUAUGGAAAUUUCUGAUGUGUGUGACUGGUAGUGAAUCACCUGUUGUAGUUGUUCUUUCUGAAAGCAUGGAGCCUGCAUUCCAAAGGGGAGAUAUUCUGUUCUUACGAAUGGGUGAAGACCCUAUUCGAGCAGGUGAAAUUGUUGUGUUCAACAUUGAUCGUCGCGAGAUUCCCAUUGUUCAUCGUGUGAUCAAGGUUCAUGAACGUAAUGAUACAGCAGAUAUUGAUGUACUUACAAAAGGGGAUAAUAAUGAUCAGGAUGACCGAGUUCUAUAUGCGCCAGGUCAGCAAUGGCUUCAAAGGCAGCAUAUCAUGGGUAGAGCCAUUGGGUUUUUACCUUAUGUUGGUUAUGUAACAAUAAUAAUGACUGAAAACCCGAUUAUAAAGUAUGUUCUUAUUGGCGCUUUGGGUUUACUUGCGCUUACAUCCAAAGAUUGA